UCCAUGAUUUUGCACCGGAAACUCCCUGGGACUCGAAGAAGAACAGUAGGAGGUAAAAUCGUGUCUGCUGAAGACCGAGACAGAAAGUAAGACGCAAAUCAAAGAGAGAUACUAACACAAUGCUUCCUCUAUCUCUGCUGAAAACUGCCCAGAACCAUCCUAUGUUGGUGGAGCUGAAGAACGGAGAGACCUACAACGGUCAUCUGGUCAGCUGUGACAACUGGAUGAACAUCAACCUAAGAGAAGUCAUCUGCACCUCAAGGGAUGGAGAUAAGUUCUGGAGGAUGCCUGAGUGCUACAUCAGAGGAAGCACGAUCAAGUAUCUCCGAAUCCCUGACGAGAUCAUCGACAUGGUGAAGGAGGAGGUGGUGUCGAAGGGCCGCGGACGUGGAGGCGCCCAGCAGAACAAACAGCAAGGCAAAGGAAGGGGAGGAGCUGGCAGAGGUUUGUUUGGUGGUCGUGGCAGAGGAAUGACUGGCCCUGGUCGGGCCCAACAGCAACAGCAGCAGCAGCAGCAGCAGGAUAAGAAACCAGGCAAACCACAGGGAAUGAAGAAUCAGCACUGACAGACACCAUAGCACACUCAACGAUAUUCCUGCGUAUUCAGAGUGAUUACUCCUUCAGUACAUGAAGAUGAAAUUACUUCUCUGGUGUUUUCUUCUGCUGAGAUGUUUGUCAGGACUGACUGUUGCAGAAAUCACACUGGGAGAAGUUGAGAGAAGCUGUGCAUGUGCACUGAAUUUUGUUUUUUAGUAUCUUUAAGUCUUUACGUUGGUAAUAACAUUUUUUUUUAACCAUUUACCAGUGUAUCAGUCAGAGCUGAUAACUUCUCCUUUAGUAUCAAUAUGUAACGUGUCAUUACAACUUUACAUUUUGUAUCAUAAAUUACAUUUAAUCAUUAUUCAAAAAUCAGUUUUCAUCAGUUGGUACACUGGAAUGAGGCUUUUGUUUUUGUUUGUUUUUUAUUUUGCUUGUCAACUUGUCUCUUCAGGUGUAGCUUUCAUUGGUGAAGAAACUGCCCAGCCCCAACUUCAGUUGCAUGAAUAUAUUUUUGCUUUUUAUUUCUGUGUUGUUUGUGAAGUUCUGUUAUUUGCAACCUUUUGGCUGCAGCACUGUACAGUCCGAUCACAGCAGGUGAAUAGUAGACCAGCAGCCGCCAGAGGAGGAUUCAGUCCCUGGAAAUUAACACUUUUGUUAAAGCAUUUAUAAGACGACACAUGAUGAUAAUGGAAAAAAAGUUUCUCAUGUUCAUAAGUCUGACCUGGAUGAGUCCAACAUGUGUCAGGUUGGUUGGGUUUCGUUUUAUCUUUGUAUCAAAAGACAAUGUUGUAAUUUAUUUACAUGAGAACAUGAGAAUAAAACAACUUUUGUUAAAGUGGUUGUAUUUAUUUGAAAU